AUGCGAGGAGAAGAAAACGAAGAAGAAAACGAGACGGCGAAACGAAGAAAACGAAACGACGACGAUGAUGUACAAAUCACAUGCGCCCCCGAGGAGGAGGAAGAGGAGGAGGAAGAGGAGCUUUUGAAACGCGGCCGUCCGCUCGCGUGGGGAGUCGCAAAGACACGAACGCCUUUUCGCGAAGUGCGCUUUGAAGAAGGACGUCAGUACGAAUGCAGGAUUCCUUCUUUGCUCGCGGCGUUUGAGCAAAUUGAGCAAAAGUUGAAGAAGAAGAAACCGAUUUCGACCGAUCCGAAGACGUUCGAUCCAGACACGAUUUUGAAAAUUGACGAGGAUUGCUCCGAGAAGGCGAUAAGUUUAGGAUACAAGCUCGGGACGAUUAAACAUUCGGCGUACGCUUUGUUGGCGAUGGCGGGGCCGGGCGGAAUGAAGGCGGCGAACAUUGUGAGCAUCGCGAAGCGGUUGGACUUGUAUAAUCCGGGUACGUGCAAGACGCCGAAUGGCUCAGUCACCGCGGUGUUAUCGCAAGGUGCGCACUUUCAAAGAAUUGCGCCGGGUAGGUACGCGUUAAAGGAACACGUAACGGACGAAUUGCGGGGUGGAGAUGUGUGGCAUCCGAAAACGAAGGAGACGGAACGGGAUGAUGUAUCGGUGAUUGAUUUAGUUCGUUCGGGACAGCUCAGACCGUCGUUCCGCGGCUCUUCUGAAGCUGUUACUAAUGAUGACAUCGUUAAUGUAAAAUCAUUCUUAGAGAAGAAUCAAAAUAAACACUCUUUGACUCUCCAGGAGACUCCCGAAGUGGUCCGAAACCACUUUGGUCCGAAACCGAAGUGGUCCAAAGAGGAAGACGAGGAGUUGAUUCGUUUGGUCGCGAAAUUUGGCACUCGCUGGUCGUCAGUUUCGAGAGCGCUGAACGGGCGAGUUGGCAAACAGUGCCGCGAACGAUGGAACCAUCAUUUGCGACCGGACAUUCGACGCGGGUUGUGGUCGACGAAAGAAGAGUCAAAGUUGAUCGAGUUACACAAGGUGCUCGGAAACAAGUGGGCGGAUAUCGCGAAAGGUUUACCCGGACGGACGGAAAAUUCGGUGAAGAACCACUGGAACGCGACGUUGCGAAGGGGAAGGACAGACGGAACGCCGAGCGAAUUGAGAGUGUACGCGACGACGCAAACGAAAGGGAGAGGACCAAUUGGACGACCGAGAAGUCGGCAUAAUAGUCCCAAAGAUGACGAGCGAGAGGCAUUGAAGGAAAAGAUUUUGUCCGCGAGCGUUCAAGAGAUGGUCUCGGCGAAUACCGACGACAGUUCGGAGGAAGAAAACGGCGAGGAAGAAACAGAAAAGCACGAUACGAUGGAAAAUCCCCAUAAAACCCUCGACGGAUUCAAGUGGCGAAAAUACGGUCGGAAGAACAUCAAAUUGGCUUCUUCACAAGUAACGAGAAGUUACUACCGAUGUACGCGUCCGAAUUGUCCGGCGAGGAAGCAAGUGGACGAAAACGGCCUCGUGAAGUACGAAAACGCACACAAUCACGAGAGGCCGAGUUUGUUGUCGCGCAAAAAAGAGCAGAAGCAGCAGCAAAGAGUUUUGGUCGACAUGGAAGUGAAAAGAGCGCACGAGUUACUUCGCGAACAUUACAAAAACAAGUUAAGCCACUUCAUGCUAGAAGCUAACGUAUACUUUAAAAACAAGAUUAAACUCGAGCGCAACUUGCACGAGCUCACGAUCGCGAAAGCGAAUCGAAGAAUUUCACAGAUGAUACUGGACUUGACGCUCGCGAGAAAAGAAAACGAAAAGCUGAAAAACAUCUUCUCAGACGGACGCGAAAAGCUGACCCCCCGUGACGGAGAAGAAAGAGGAGAACCACCCGCGAAACCCGAGACGCCGACGACGACCAAAGACGGAAACGACGACCGGGGCGAUAAAAAAGCAAGAAAAAAAGAAGAAGAACAAGAUGAAGACUUCCAAAUUAGCAACUUGGUCUCGAAUUAUUCUCCCGAGAAACGUAAGGAAUGGGCGAUUCGACAUCUCGUUACAAAAGGGUAA